AUGCGGCAUCACGCCCACAGAGGGCACCACGGUACACGAUGCGGCAUCACGCCCACAGAGGGCACCACGGUACACGAUGCGGCAUCACGCCCACAGAGGGCACCACGGUACACGAUGCGGCAUCACGCCCACAGAGGGCACCACGGUACACGAUGCGGCAUCACGCCCACAGAGGGCACCACGGUACACGAUGCGGCAUCACGCCCACAGAGGGCACCACGGUACACGAUGCGGCAUCACGCCCACAGAGGGCACCAUGGUACACGAUGCGGCAUCACGCCCACAGAGGGCACCACUGUACACGAUGCAGCAUCACGCCCACAGAGGGCACCACGGUACACGAUGCAGCAUCACGCCCACAGAGGGCACCACGGUACACGAUGCAGCAUCACGCCCACAGAGGGCACCACGGUACACGAUGCAGCAUCACGCCCACAGAGGGCACCACGGUACACGAUGCAGCAUCACGCCCACAGAGGGCACCACGGUACACGAUGCGGCAUCACGCCCACAGAGGGCACCACGGUACACGAUGCAGCAUCACGCCCACAGAGGGCACCACGGCCAAAUGAGAAACGUCCAAUUUCUACGCUGUUCCUUCACAUCAACCCACCAGAUCUUCACACCAACCCACCAGACCUUCACACCAACCCACCAGACCUUCACACCAACCCACCAGACCUUCACACCAACCCACCAGACCUUCACACCAACCCACCAGACCUUCACAUCAACCCACCAGACCUUCACACCAACCCACCAGAUCUUCACACCAACCCACCAGACCUUCACACCAACCCACCAGACCUUCACACCAACCCACCAGACCUUCACAUCAACCCACCAGACCUUCACACCAACCCACCAGAUCUUCACAUCAACCCACCAGACCUUCACACCAACCCACCAGACCUUCACACCAACCCACCAGACCUUCACACCAACCCACCAGACCUUCACAUCAACCCACCAGACCUUCACACCAACCCACCAGACCUUCACAUCAACCCACCAGACCUUCACACCAACCCACCAGAUCUUCACAUCAACCCACCAGACCUUCACACCAACCCACCAGACCUUCACACCAACCCACCAGACCUUCACACCAACCCACCAGAUCUUCACAUCAACCCACCAGACCUUCACACCAACCCACCAGACCUUCACACCAACCCACCAGACCUUCACACCAACCCACCAGACCUUCACACCAACCCACCAGAUCUUCACAUCAACCCACCAGACCUUCACACCAACCCACCAGACCUUCACACCAACCCACCAGACCUUCACACCAACCCACCAGACCUUCACAUCAACCCACCAGACCUUCACACCAACCCACCAGACCUUCACAUCAACCCACCAGACCUUCACACCAACCCACCAGAUCUUCACAUCAACCCACCAGACCUUCACACCAACCCACCAGACCUUCACACCAACCCACCAGACCUUCACACCAACCCACCAGAUCUUCACAUCAACCCACCAGACCUUCACACCAACCCACCAGACCUUCACACCAACCCACCAGACCUUCACACCAACCCACCAGACCUUCACACCAACCCACCAGAUCUUCACAUCAACCCACCAGACCUUCACACCAACCCACCAGACCUUCACACCAACCCACCAGACCUUCACACCAACCCACCAGAUCUUCACAUCAACCCACCAGACCUUCACACCAACCCACCAGACCUUCACACCAACCCACCAGAUCUUCACAUCAACCCACCAGACCUUCACACCAACCCACCAGACCUUCACACCAACCCACCAGACCUUCACACCAACCCACCAGACCUUCACAUCAACCCACCAGACCUUCACACCAACCCACCAGACCUUCACACCAACCCACCAGACCUUCACACCAACCCACCAGAUCUUCACAUCAACCCACCAGACCUUCACACCAACCCACCAGACCUUCACACCAACCCACCAGACCUUCACACCAACCCACCAGAUCUUCACAUCAACCCACCAGACCUUCACACCAACCCACCAGAUCUUCACAUCAACCCACCAGACCUUCACACCAACCCACCAGACCUUCACACCAACCCACCAGACCUUCACACCAACCCACCAGACCUUCACACCAACCCACCAGACCUUCACACCAACCCACCAGACCUUCACACCAACCCACCAGACCUUCACACCAACCCACCAGACCUUCACACCAACCCACCAGAUCUUCACAUCAACCCACCAGACCUUCACACCAACCCACCAGACCUUCACACCAACCCACCAGACCUUCACACCAACCCACCAGACCUUCACACCAACCCACAAGAUCUUCACAUCAACCCACCAGACCUUCACACCAACCCACCAGACCUUCACACCAACCCACCAGACCUUCACACCAACCCACCAGAUCUUCACAUCAACCCACCAGACCUUCACACCAACCCGCCAGACCUUCACACCAACCCACCAGACCUUCACACCAACCCACCAGACCUUCACACCAACCCACCAGACCUUCACACCAACCCACCAGACCUUCACACCAACCCACCAGAUCUUCACAUCAACCCACCAGACCUUCACACCAACCCACCAGACCUUCACACCAACCCACCAGACCUUCACACCAACCCACCAGAUCUUCACACCAACCCACCAGACCUUGAAAAAAACAUGCUCAAUCGUUUCCGUCCUCCUCGGUGGAGAGCGAAGGAAGAACCACUGCCUGGAGCCAGUCCUCAAGGGCUGACGACGACUCCCAGAUACAGUUAUAGAGAUUUAGUAAAUACUGAGAUGCCCAUGAAGGGAGAUGGUGAAGCAUCUCAUAAUGUCAUCCGAGCCCACUGA